UCCCGCAAUCAAACGAUACGAUUUCGGUACGAUAAUACUGAAGCAAUUCACACUUCCGGCUCACUAUUUUCAAAUUGUAUAAAUGAAUCGUUAUCUAAUAAAUUUAUCCUACAUCGGCACUCACUUCAGAGGUAUUCAGAAAAACCUGUUGAAGGAUUCGGGACAUCUGGAAGAUCUGCGCUCCGUUGAGGGAGUACUGGAGAUUGCGCUGAAAAAGUUUGCACCCGUAAACGAGUUUAAAAUAAAGCUGUCCAGUCGGACUGAUGCAGGGGUUCACGCCCUACACAACACAGUUCACGUUGACCUGGAAAGACCAAAUGGCAAACCGUACAAGACGAAUAAGCUGACCCAGGGACUGAACAGGACAUUCGGUUCCCAAGGCCUACCGAUUAGAAUACUGGACACCAAGUUAGUUCCGAUGAGCUGCCAUGCGCGACUCUGUGCCAAGUCACGGACUUAUCUGUACCGAUUGGGUGUAAUGAAGCGGGAGUUUUGCCAUGACCCUCAGAUGCAUCCGUUUAGUCGAUUCAUACCGAUCGAUGAACAUGAUCGGUGCUAUUUCGUUGCUCAUCCACGUUUCGAUAUCGAACGAUUGGCACGCGUGGCGACCACGUUUCAAGGGUACCACGACUUUCGAACGUUCAUGGCCAUUGCCCGGGGAAACCAACGACAGCAGGAUGCAAGCUAUACACUUAGGAGAAUUGAACACAUUUCCAUCAUACGGGGCACUUCAAUGGCAUCGGCCUUUAAUAGGGAGAUAGCGGAAAAGUAUUACGAAUAUUGGGACAUUCGAAUAAAGGCUAGAUCAUUCCUCUAUAAACAGGUUCGUCGCAUGGUAGGCGCCUGGAUUGCUGCAGCAGAAGAGCGAAUCAGCGAACGUGACGUCUACCGGAUGCUAACGGUACCCUCGCAGCGCUCCUGGUGUGAUCAAGCCGUAGUGGCACCAGCUUACGGACUAUUUCUGUGUAAAGUGGAAUACGAUCCCAUAGAUUUGGAAUUUCCUCGCGAUGAGCUUCCUGGAGCAGCUGAAGAAAAGCAAACAAGCAUUGCAGCCAACUGAAACGACCGUCACGUUUGUAGAUGGCAGCAGGAAGAUCUUCUGUGGUGAGGUAGAACGGAAUGCUCCUGCUCGACUUGGAUUUAUAGUGGAUACCAGUCCC